AUGGCACGGUCCGUGCUGCAACUCGUCGAAGCUUUUCGCGAUAUUAUUGCAGCCCAACGCAACCUUGCUCUGCGUGGUAUCGUGCAUCGUGACAUCAGCACGCGCAACAUGCUACUCAAUGAAAGACUCGAUGCGGGGGUAGGCACGCGGGGAAUUCUGAUUGAUUUCGACAUGGCCAAGUUUAUUGAUAGGACGACGAGCGGGGAGAGUACCGAUGGUACUCGUCUGUUCCAGUCUAUCAAGGUACUGCUGGGUCUCGGUAAGCACGACUAUCUGGACGAUCUGGAGUCCAGUUUCUACGGCCUGUGCUGGUUUGCGUUCACGCUCGAGCGCCCUUGCGUUCCUCGCGCGUCGAUACCCGUUACACUGAAGAAUUGGGAUUCGCCGAACUUGCAGUUGGCAGCAGACGCAAAAAGGAGCUUUAUCAACGACCCGCCAAUGGUCGGAGACCUCAUUGCACCGACGAUGAGUCCGUAUCUGGAAGGAUUGCUCCUGCGGCUCCAGACAUUCUUCAGGGAGACUGCGCUUCCCAGGAUCGCCGAGUACCAGGCUCAGCAGGAUGAAGAAGCAAGAAAAAAGAAAGAGAAACGUACGGCGGCAUUGAAAAAGUUUGAGCGAUUAGAAGGUACCUGGGUGGAGGAACCACGUAAUGUUCCAGACCCGUUGGACACAUCGGCAGAACAGAUGGAGAAACAUUUCCAAGAAGUCCUUAAGCAUGUGGAUAAUGCCAUUACAUUGCUCAAGGAGGACCCCGACGAGGAUGCGAUAGCUAGCAAUGCGAGCGCGCCUAGCGGCAUCGACGAACAUGAGCGCCGCAUCCCUGUCUGGGAAAAUGCCUACUCUUCCGAGUCGGACGCCCAUUCCUCGUCGUCGGGGAUGACCCUGCCGUUGCCACCAAUGCAGGAAAUUCACGUGCUGCUACCCCCGCUUCAUCAAGUGCAAAAGAAAGGAAGCAAGAAACUGCUCCUAGAUCAUGUGUCGAUGCCGCCGAAGCCAUCGGAAAAGGAGAAGGCGAGGAGGGACUCGUCCAGUACUCAGUCCUCAGGCAGCCAGAAGCGGGUUCGGGAACUCGAGGACAACCUCCAGCGCCGUGAUCUGGGAGACGCUAGACGGAGCUCGAAGAGGUACAAGAACAAGAGGGGUUUCCGGGAUUCGAGUCCGAAAUGAUUGCUGCUCGACGUUUGCCGUCUACUAGUAGUUCUAUCCCGUUUUGUCGUAUCGUUUUGCUUGCUUUGCUUUGCUGCGCUGCUCUCGUCGUCGGAACACUUACAAGUAUCUAUUGGUGCAAUAUAUUUGAUUUGAGUGUCCUCGUUUGCAUACCUUGACGGG